AGCCAUCCGUUCCGCCAUCAUCCUCCUCUAUCAGGGAGAGUUCGUUCUUGGAAGCGAUCGGGAGAACGGCCCUUAAACCGUCGUCGGCCUCGCCUCUCGUUUCAGCCCUUGAUCUCGUGCUCCCGACGCCGACAUUUCCGGGUGGCCGUACCUCCCGGUUGCUCGUCGAUGCGAGGAAGACCUUCCCUCGUGAAUCGAUCGGGAGAUCCUUCGGGUCGCCGUACCUCCUGGUUGCUCGUCGAUGCGAGGAAGACCUUCCCUCGUCUAAUCUCGAAUCAAUCGGGGGAUCGUUCUCCAGGUCCUCGUCUCUUUGGCUCUUCAUCUUCCUUUCUUUUUCUUCGUAAACGUCGUGGACUUUUUAGGGGGGCCCUAAUUUGUCGUGAUAGAGUGUGGAUGAGGAAUUUUGCUGCACUUCGAUGGGUUCCGAAUCAGAUUUCUAUGGAACUUGGACCUCCAUUUUGAUUUGAUAUGUUAUCUUUUAUAUGGUUUUAGUGCACGAUUUAGGUAUCCUGUGUUUGAUUUGGGUAUCCCUCGCCGUCCUUUGCUACCUUUGGUGUUUUUAUUUGCGUUCGGAUACUAAUGUGUCACUGCAUCCGAUUCUUCUGAGAUGGAAUUACGGGAGGGCGUUGUUUGGAAAUGUAUCAGAUGAAAUAACAAGUCACUGGCAUUAAACGAGAACCUGAAUCAUAUGAGUAUGCACUUCGCACUUUAAGAUUUUUCGUCAUGAGAAGGAUAAUUUUAUUGUUCUUGUUGUAAUUAAUUCUUUCUCUAGUAGAUCCCAGCUACCGCCAAUAGGUUGCGUUCUAUCAUUAAGAUCAGCAUAUCUAAAAUCAAAUUCCCAAAAUAAAUUCACUUGCGCAUCAUGAGAUAGUCAGCUUAAAAUCUAGAAAAUUUAGCGACCAUCAUCAAUUCUAUGAUUUGAAGUUACAUCGGAGAAUACAUUCCCGGUUUGCCAGUCCAUUUUGGUUUCAGAUCUUCUUAUAUUAGUCGCUUAUAUUUCAGUGUCAAUCAUGCUCUGGCUUAAAAAUCACCUAUAUUUCAUUGUGGUUUUUUCCGAUGAACAUUUCCAUAAUGCAGGGAAGGGGCAAUCCGCACGCAUGUUGGGAGCCAAACAGUAAUUAUCAUAAAGAUUAUGGGUUGCAGAUGGAACCACCGGCAGCCCAGAUGAGCGGAAGCUCCAAUUAUAUUUUCUGCGGAAGGAGGAGGAAUUUUCUUCUUCGGCUUCAGGGUAUAGCAAAGGUGUCUCACUUUUAGUCCUAGCCUUGGGUGACGAAUAAAAAUCGAUGAGAGUUUCUCCCUGGGAUCAAUCCCGAUUGGUGGAACAAGAAGUUAAUCCUGAAUUCCCGCUGGCUUCCCGAAACGAGCACGUCUCCCAUGGAUGUUCUUCCUUUGUCUGCUUUGGCCGUGCCUCCUCGGGAGUGAAUGGAACAUCACCUCCCAAAGUUGGUCCGGUCCGCCAUUACGAAACUCCGCUCGAUUCUUCGACUACUAACAGUUGCAAGGAAUCCGCAACCGAGGAUGUGGUUGUUGAGGGUGACAGAAAGAUAUGUCUUAAGAGCAGCCUGAAGAAGCAGUUCACAGAUCACUCUGCUUCAGAUGCUGAAGCUGUUAGUACGAAUGGUUCUUCAAGAGAACUACCAGGUAGCACAUCCGGGUUUACGAAAAGGAAGCUGCAGUGGUCUGAUGCAUGCGGAAAGGAGCUUAUCGAAAUUAAGGAGUUUGAGCUCAGUGACGAUGACGUAUCAGACGAUGAAUUCGGACACGACGGUGACAGAUGCCAAUGUCUUGUACAGUAGAUAUCAUCUUCAUCGCGGACGAAAGGACUCGCACUAUCGGGCGAUGAUGACGAUCUCCUGCGGGGCGUUUGUAAAAUCUGCCUAGUGUUUUGUUGGCCAUUCGUGGCCUCUCCGCUAGACUUGCAUGCGUGUGGGACUGCUGUUGUACUAAUAGGCUAUUGUUGGGAUCAGGGAGAAAUUUGCUAUGUAUAUUCUUUUCUUUUCUUUUCGAUGAAUGAAUUAUUUGGCAUCCCUUUAUUUUUUUUUUUUUUGGAGUA